AUGAACAAUUCCAUUCAACAGAACGAUCAACUCCUCAUUGCCACUGCGCUUACCGCAGUAUUUGGUACAAAAAUUGUUUCUCAACAUGAAUACGAGACUCUUGCCAAUGCAUCACCUCCAAUUCAAUCUCAAAGAUUCCAUGAAACAAAUAUUUAUACUUCCCACCUGGUCACAGGUCCAGUUCCAGAUAUUGAUCCCUAUUAUUCAGAAACACAAUCCGGCACCGAAGAGAUAAUAAUACGAACUCACUCAAGCUCAGAAGAUUCUCUCCAAGAACAAUUUCUUACUAUUCACAUUCCACUUAGUUCCACAGUCCAAGAUUUGAAAUCUGUUAUUCGCAUUCGUAUGUCCAUUCCAGUCACCUCACAAAUUGAACUCAAUUAUAUGGGCCAAAUUCUCCUUGACCACCACGCUCUCUCCAAGUAUAUUUUUGAAUAUCCUCAAUUUAAUACCUUUGGUUCAAUUUUAAACUUUCGUGAAGAUUCCCAUGAUUUCGUCAGGAACAAUGCUCCAGUCAUAAAAAUGCGUGCCCUAAAGUCCGACUCAGAGUGUUCUAUCGGCUAUAUUAACUCAUCUCAUUUACACCCCGAGUAUGAUCGGGACUUUACAGAAAUCAAUAAUGACAGGAAAAAGUUUUUCAGAGGAGGAAAGAGAUAUCGACGCCCGUUGGGUUGGAAACGGUAUGCAUUAAAGGUUGUGGAUGAAUUUGAAGAUUAUACUAAUAAAAGUACAUUCGGAGACAAUAAUAUUUCGAAGGAGGGUGAUAACGUGAAUAAUAAGUGGCUAGGAAGAGAAGAACAAAGAUCCAAGAAACAUGUAUCCUUAGACAACGAAUGGGUGGUAGCAUACUACGGGACUAGUCAGUAUAAAGAUGAAAAUAUGGCUGAUGCAGCGUACUUCAUGGCCUCCAAAAAACAACCCGGACCAAAAAACGGUCCCAAGUCGAUACGAUUAAGCGCAUUAAGUUAUUUUUUCUCUUCAUUGCUAAGUUCAGGGAAAUUUUGGUUUUCAAGAGGCGUUUACACCACUCCAAAGAUUGAAUUAGCGAUGAAAUACGCAACAAAGUUUAUGUAUGAGGACGAAAAAUAUAUGGUAUUAUUUCAGUGUAGGGUCCGACCAGAGACACUCAAAAAAAUAGGUGGGUUUUGGGUUUCACCAAUGAUAGAAGAUGUUAGAACCUAUGGGAUUCUGAUCAGGAAGGAUACUAAAGAAUAG